AUGGCACCAAUUCGACGCUACUUGCGAAUCAGUAAGCAUUCUGUUCUCGAAUGUCGCAUCUUCCUUGAGAAUCCCGCGGACGAACCGAGGUGGCUCCUCAAUGAACAGAAUCCGGCUCUCCCACGCGUGUUCGAAGCGAUCAAGCCAUACGUUCUGCCCAAGCUCAGAGAGGAAAAUGAACGAGCCAAGGGGAAGGGCAAGAAGAAGAAAAGUGUGAAGGAUGUAGUCAAACAAGAUGACUUCGAGGUCUCCAUCUUCCUCACGGAGAUCAGGACACGACACUCCCUUUUGGUCAAGAACAAGACUUUUCAGAAAAGGUCACCAGUAAGCACCAAUAAUGGAGGCAAGCUUCUCGGCGUCGACCGAGAUGCCGUCAUGAUACAAGAUGAAAGCGACGAUGAACAUGUCAAUCUUGGGCAGAUCCCACAAGCAGAAGAUUCAGAGCAUGGCGGCGCCAGCACUCUUGAGUUGGGGGCUGAUGAUGACAAGAAGAAACUUGGUUUCAGGACAGAUUACGAAGGCUUCAGCAUUUGGGGCUGGGUGCUCUGCCUCUUCAUUGAACGCAAAGGCGGCCCGGAAAAAAAGAAGUCUGAAGUCCAGGGGAAUGCUCAGGCCUUGAUGCAAGACUGGAUUGCAUCGACGCAGGAGCAGAAGGACGAUGACCUCUGA